AUUAUUGGUAGGGGUAAAGUACCUGAAUGAUUAGAAACCUUUUUGUUUUUUCAAUACCAAACUGGUCAGAUAGAACUCCUUUCCCAAAAGAACAACAAUGGAUUCAGCAGAAACCAGAAAGAAGCCCCAUGUGGUAUGCGUUCCCUACCCAUCACAAGGCCACGUCACCCCCAUGAUGCACCUAUCAAAGCUCCUCCACUCACGUGGCUUCCACGUCACCUUCGUCAACACCGAGUUCAACCACAGGCGCCUGAUCCGGUCCAAAGGGACCGAAUCCGUAUCUGGCCUGCCGGGAUUCCGGUUCGAGACCAUACCCGACGGACUUCCCCCGUCGGAUCGGGACGCGACCCAGGACGUCCCGGCGCUGUGCGAUUCGACCCGGAAGAACUGCUUGGGUCCGUUUGUGGAGCUGCUGAAGAGGUUGAAUUCUACGGCGGGCUCGCCUCCGGUUACUUGUGUGGUGUCGGAUGGCGUGAUGAGCUUCGGGAUAGAAGCGGCUGAGGAAAUUGGAGUACCUGAGGUUCAGUUUUGGACUGCUUCGGCUUGUUCCUUCAUGGGAUAUCUUCAUUACAGGGAACUCAUCAAAAGAGGAAUUUUUCCAUUUAAAGAUGAGAACUUCAUGAGUGAUGGUACUCUGGAUACUCCUAUCGAUUGGAUACCGGGCAUGAGAGACAUACGGUUGAAGGACCUCCCGAGCCACCUCCGAACCACCAAUCCCAACCACAUCAUGUUCGACUUCAUGGGAGAAGAGGCACAAAAUUGCUUGAAGUCUCCUGCGAUCAUCUUCAACACCUUUGAUGAAUUCGAACAAGAAGUUCUAGAGGCGAUCGCGUCCAAUUUCUUCCCCCGCAUUUAUACAGUAGGGCCACUUCACUUUCUGUGCAGCAGGCACGUGACUGACACUCGAAUCAAUUCAAUAAAUCCAAGCUUAUGGAAAGAGAACUCGGAGUCUCUCCAGUGGCUAGACCGAAGAGAGCCUGAAUCUGUCGUGUACGUGAACUACGGGAGCGUGACGGUAAUGAGUGGGGAACACUUGAGAGAGUUUGCUUGGGGCCUUGCAAAUAGCAAUCACCCAUUUUUAUGGGUGGUUAGGCCUGAUAUUGUGGUUGGGGAUUCGGCUAUAUUGCCUGAAGAACUUUUGGAAGAAACUAAGGAUAGGGGUUUGCUCGUGAGUUGGUGCCCCCAAGCCGAAGUGCUGUCACACCCGUCGGUUGGUGCAUUUCUGACACACUGCGGGUGGAAUUCAAUGAUGGAAACAGUAUGUGGAGGCAUGCCGGUGAUCUGUUGGCCUUUCUUUGCCGACCAACAAACGAAUUGUCGGUAUGCGUGCACGCGUUGGGGGAUCGGAGCGGAGGUGGAUCAUGAUGUGAAGCGCGAAGAAGUCAAGGCUCUUGUCCGGGAUAUGAUGGAAGGGGAGAAAGGGAAGGAAAUGAGGAGCAGAGCCAAGAAGUGGAAGAUGAAGGCUGAAGAAGCUGCUAAUGUUGGCGGAUCAUCUUACAGCAACUUGGAUAGAUUCAUUAAGGAGGCUCUUCGUUAUGUGGAGUAACUAAUGAAUGGAUUACCAUUUCAACAAACAAAUGAGGAUUUGGUCCGCCUUUCUCCUUUUUUCCUAUUUCAAUGAGAUGGGUGGCGAGCGCCAGCCGAUGGAGGCACUGUCCCUUCGGUAAUCUUUCUCGACGACGCAUUGGUGUUCCCUUCGGUAACGCCUCCUUGCUGAGAGGUUUUAAUAGAAAUUAGAAUCUCAAAACGAAUUUCAUCACUACUGUACUACGAUGCAUCCGGUUAAACAAAGCAUCCAGUUAAACAACCAAACGGCUACCCAAGCGCUUCAACGGACACUCCCUCCGACUCCCUUCCAUCUUCAUCACCACCCUUCAAUUCAAUCUUCCACUGCACCUCCCUGUACAGCCAAAGUUCCAGGCGCCAAAAAAAAUUGUGUAGUAAGUUCAAUCUUUUCCAUCCUCUGUUCCGCCAUCUUCAUCUUCAUGGGUUGUAAGCAAAUACUACAUUGGCAGAAACUUUAUUCACAAAUUUUAGUUCGACCAACAUAUAUACAGCCCUGUUUUCAAACCGAUGUAAACAGAUUGCACACCAAUUGUUCGAUAGAAUUACUCAACAUUUCUUGGUCUUGGAUUUAA